CCUGUAGAAGGGCCCCUAGCGCCAGACAUUAGUAGUGGCCUGGCUGAUUACUCCCACUAUCGGAUCCACAUCACAGCGCAGUGUUGUCGAGGCUGGAAACACGGUGAGGCGUAUGGACAGGCGGCCGUAGCUCCCGGAUCCUUCCUCACUGCCAUCCGUGAGCCAAACGGACUAAACUGUCGAGUCUUUUCGGCACAUAACUGGGAUCCCUCUCUGCGUUCCGGCGUCUCCACCGCAGGGCCUCUUGUUCAGCUUUACAAGGGAAAGUGGGUGUUUGCUGCUCUCACGGGUGUUUAGGCAGCGGCGGCGUGAAGUGUCCUCGAUGGCUGGCUGGAAGGACGGCUCGGUGCAGGAGAAGUAUCGGCUGGUUGUGGUCGGAGGCGGAGGUGUCGGAAAAUCAGCCCUGACUAUCCAGUUUAUUCAGUCAUACUUUGUCACUGACUAUGACCCCACAAUCGAAGACUCCUACACCAAGCAGUGUGUGAUUGACGAAAGGGCGGCCAGGCUUGAUAUUCUCGACACGGCUGGACAGGAAGAGUUUGGAGCCAUGAGAGAACAAUACAUGAGGACAGGGGAGGGCUUCCUGCUCGUCUUCUCUGUCACUGACAGAGGGAGCUUUGAAGAAAUCUACAAAUUCCAAAGACAGAUUCUCCGAGUCAAAGACAGAGAUGAAUUCCCAAUGAUCCUCGUAGGAAACAAAGCAGAUCUGGAACUACAGAGACAAGUAACUCAUGAAGAGGGCCAGCAGCUGGCCAGACAAUUAAAGGUCACAUAUAUGGAGGCUUCAGCCAAAAUCCGAAUGAACGUAGACCAGGCUUUCCACGAGCUGGUUAGAGUAAUCAGGAAAUUCCAAGAACAGGAAUGUCCACCAUCACCAGAACCUACAAGAAAAGAAAAAGACAAGAGCGGCUGCCAUUGUGUGAUCGUCUGAGUCUGCCUUAUCACUGUAACUCAUGCAGCUACUCUCCCAUCCCCUCCUCACCCACUCUGCCUGACAUCACAUCCCAAGUGGAUGACUGACCGCUGCCUUCUCCACAUGCAUGACUUCAGACAGCCUUUUCUGAGAUACUUUGACCAGGAACUGCUGUUCCCAGGACAUCGCUACGGACAACUGACAAUGCCAAAUUUUAACACCACUCUACCUUCAGCCAUUAUCUAAUUCACAUGAGAGAGUCCCAACACUAAACAUUGCCUUCUAAAUCAGCCUGACAAAUUAAUGUUUUGUAUUCUGAAGGACUUCUCUUGCCUUGUAGUGACAUUUGUACUUGCUACCGAGAUUGAAUGAAAUCUAUAUAUCCAGAAUGUUAAUGAAUUUCUUUAGUUUCUGGUGUCUGGCCAGAGCGGAGAGAUUAUCUUAUGAAGCUUUGUGUAUGUUGUGCCAUAUCCACCUUUACUCCCAUGUGCUAAUCUGCUACUGUACAUAUGUGACAUUUGUUGUGAUUUUCAAAGUGUAUUUCUAAUGACCUAUUAAAUCACCACAGUGCAGUGUGUGAGGUUGAGUUUGGUUUUACAUAUAUGAAACUGAAUAUGUAUGUAUAUAAAUAUAAUGCCUAGACAGCCCUUAAUGCUCUAAUGAUACACCUUUCUGGCGUCCUGCAGUGGACUCUUGACUUCUUCUGUGGAUCAUGCUUUUGUUUUUAAAUUGCCAAAUAUGGAGUGUCUACUGUAUUUGAUUUUUUUAAGUCUUAUAGAUUGAAUGAUUGUUAUCAUGCACCAUCUUCUCAGUUGAGUAGCAAGCUUGCCUGAAUUUUUUUCCUUGAAGGAGAAGGUCCAAUCAACGUUGGACAUGGUAUGUUUCUUUAGAUCUCUUAGAAGCAGUAGAGACAACAUUUUUGGUAGCACGUCGUGUAGCCUUGAAAUGAACAUGAUUUCAGACAGAAACACUGAACACUGUAUGCUCUUUAUUCAGCUUUUGAUGAGUAAUGUUAACAAAUAUAUUUGUUGCAAAUUAAGAAGCUUUCAGAGCUCAGUUGAGUUCAGAUCAUUCCAAUGUAACACAUUGGUUUAGUCUCUGAAUUAGAUCAAGUAACUGUUUCACCAUUCCAGUAACACAGUGGCAAAUGUAUUUGUCUUGUGUCCUUGAGUUAUUCUGUAACACAUUUUUUUUUGUCCCCAACUGCUGGUUGGAAAAACCAGGACAAGCAGAAGUAUUGAAAUGAACAUCAUAAGCCUGUUUCCAGUGGUACAUGAACUCACCUAACCUGCCACGUAUGGAGCUCUCAUCACCGCAGACACAAAAUAAUGUUCCGCCUUCCCUUUUCACUUGUGUACUUCUGUUCAGGCUCUAUAAUGAAGUACAGCAGUUUUGUUUAGCAUAUCAUCAUCUUGUAAUAUAAACAAAAUCAGAUGAUGGGAUUAAUGGACUUGAUUAAAUGUUUCUACUCUACUUUUAUACAUUAUUUUCUUAUCAAACUAGUUGACGUAUUUUUAUAUGUUUAUAAGUGAGUACAUGUCCACAGCACAGCUGUGUAUAUAUAUGAAGAAGAAUAUUUAAUUCUCUAUUAUUUUCAACCGUAAAUGACUGUUGGCCCCAAAUUUUGCUAAAUUGGAUUCUUCACCCAUAUGUGACCAAGAUUUUUUAUUUUUAUUUUUUAUUCUUAUUCUGCCUUCAAAAUGGAGAAUAUAUCUAUCUUGCGGUGUUAACCACCAACUUAAUAGUGUAAAAAAAAAAGCCAGGUCAAGUAGGAGAGGGUUUAAAAAUGAUUGUGGUCUCUAUGUUGGAGCUUUACAUCACAUAAAUGAAUAAUUACACACUUCCCAUCUUAUUGCAAAUCCUAGUGUAAACCCAGAUCAUACUGGUUUCUUUUUUUUCCACAUCAGUGUCUUUUGCCCUGUGUCUAGCUUUUGGUGCUAAAAUAAAAUCUGUCACUGA